UAGAACAAAAUAACCUAUAAAUUUUGCUUUACCUCAGAAUCAGAUAAAUGUAAUGUACAAGUAAAAUAAAGUAUCCACAGCUGCAAGUGAAACAAAACCCUGAAAUGAAGGAAAGAUAAGAUAAAGUAAUAGAAAAUUAGGCAGCCAAAUAAUAGAAAUAAUCUAAACCAAUCAAGUUCAACAUCAGUAGACUCAUGCACAUGCUGGAGAUCCUAAAAACAUCUGCCACAAAAGGAACUCAAAAACAAUGCAGGUAGUACAGCCGGAUGGGAUCAAACCUUAUGUGUGAGAUGUUUCUUAUCAUAAUUAGGUAAGGCCUAUGAAGCAUUGUCAUCAAGUCUGUGAACGCGGGGAUUCCCCAGUUGUGUUUCUUUCUUUAUUAGUAACACAUGAACCUGAUGGGUUUUGAAACCCAAAUCAAGCCAUCAACCUUGUACUUAAAGAAGAAAGAGAUACCAUUUAAACUAGAGCUUAUUAGCCCAAGUAAUAUUUUAAUUAUCUACUAUCUAAGCAAAUAUGACUACAAACAUAAAUACAGCACCAUGCAAGACUCCAAUUCCUCUAUUGAGUGAAAGUGCAUCUAGAUGUUAGUUCAUCAAUUGUUGCCCUUGGAUAUCACAACACACGCCCUUGGAUAUCCACUGGAUUAUGUGGAUUGGAUUAUGUAAGACUCAACACACGCCCGCAUAACACACACACACACACGUCCAAGGGCAACAAUUGUGCAUCCAGUGGAUAUCACAACAUAUCCAAUCCAAUCCACAUAAUCCAGUGGAUAUCACAAUCCACUUAAAUUUUUGACUUCCUUGUUAGGUCCCACAUUUUGUUGUAGUGUCCUUGAGCCACAUUGCCGUUACCCGACUUGGCUAUGAUACCAUUUUUCAUGACUUAAGGAAAACACCAGCUACCAUAUAUACCCCAAAAAUGACAGAUCAAGUUCCAAUCGAGGCUUAUCUUAAUCACCUAUAUAGCCCAGUUUGACCUCGUAAACAUUUGGUGUGGAACUCAGCAUAUAUGCCCACAUAACACACACUCAUACAAUCCAAUUCACAUGAUUCGAGGUACCAUAAUAUCCCCACUUAAAUUUCUAACAUGCUAGUUAGAUCCCAUGUUGUGCUGCAAUACCCUCGAGCCACAUGACAUUACUAAAUUAGCUUUGAUACCAUUUGUCACAACUCAAAGAAGUGCUAAUCACAUUUAUGCUAUACCCUAUAAGUAUCUAGUAAGCAUCUAAGGUAGACUCAACACAAGUUGCACAACACAUCUUAGCCUAUCAAAUCCAAUCCACAUAAUCCAGGGUAUCAAAUUUAGACCCUAACUUAAUUGGCUUUUAUAUGCAUCAGGACUAUUCAUUCAAGUAUUAUUAUUCUCCAACUUUGUUGCUUGCAAUUUCCCUUUGCAAUAAGUACAGGGAUACAAAUUUUUAACUGCUGACAUGGCUUGUUUCGACUAGUGUAUUAUAAAAGUGGUGUCAAGGACUCAAGGGCAAGUCUUUGUGAAAGUGACGUUGCUCCAAUUAUAACUCGCUACCUUAGCAAGUUGUAAAAAAGGUUGUGUGAUUGUGUCAUUAACAUUGCUCUUCCCUUUGUGCCAUCCUCCAUAAUUUGCUUCACAAAAAUGAUGGCAUGUGUGCAUCCACCACAAUCAUCAUCUUGAGGGAGAGAGAGGAGGGUGGAGUGAAAAACUUAAUUAGUUUGCAAAUGCAAGCAAGGAAUUAGAGAGAUUGGACAUACAAUUUGCUCAGCGUGCCGUGCUGGUGCGGACACGAGGUACAAGCCCCCAAUUACACGCAGGUAUAGAAGGAAGAGCAAAAGAAGACGGCCCAACCUGUGGCCUUAUGGAUGGAGUCUAUUAGUUAUUGGGCUUAAGAUUAAGCAAGCCCGAGCACGACAUGUUAGGAUUUUUGAGUCUACUAAGGCAUUUGCACGACAUAUUCAUGAUUUGUAUAAUGAGAUUCAUAAAAAAAUUCAGGCAAGUAAUUCUCAAUAUAAAAUUCAUGCUGACACUCAUCGACGUCAUGCAGAGUUUCAGGUAGGGGAUUAUGUCAUGAUUCGGAUUCAACCUGAACGGUUUCCCUCUAGGACCGUUAAGAAAUUGCAGGCUCGUAGUGUCGGACCAUUCAAGGUAUUGAAACGAAUGGGCCCAAAUGCAUAUGUCAUUGAUCUUCCUCAUGAUUAUGGUAUUAGCUCCUCCUUUAAUAUUGAGGAUCUAGUUGCUUAUAAAAUCCUCACAACUAUUCCUGAUACCCCUUUUGAUGAAUCUUUACCUAAUCCUAUUGAUGCCCCUAUUCCCACCCCUUUACCCUUAAAUCUGCCCUAUGCACAUAAAGAAUCUAUUGAUGCUAUUUUAGAUGAGCAGAUUGUUUCUACCAGGGAUGGAGGAGUUCACUGUUUCCUAGUUCGGUGGCGAGGGCGACCAGAUUCUGAUUGCACAUGGAUUACUCGAGAUGAGUUACAGCGACUGGAUCCUGACUUGCUAGAGUACUAUCAAAGUUCUUCAGAUUUCCACUCGACGGAGUUGAGUUCUUCUCACCCGGGAGGAGUUCGUGUGGACACGAGGGACAAGCCCCCAAUUACAUGCACAUAUAGGAAGAAGAGCAAAAAGAAGACGGCCCAACCUGUGACCUCAUGGAUGGAGCCUAUUAGUUAUUGAGCUUAAGAAUAAGCAAGCUCAAGCAUUUACUAAUUAAGGUUUCUUUAUGCAUUUUUAUUGUUAGUUAUUUAAGCACUUUUUCUAAUUAUUGUAAGACAGCUUUUGAGAAUUAUUAAAAAAACGUGUGUUUUCUUUCACUGGUGUCAACUCUAGUUUUGCUUGGUGUUGACUCCAAGCAACCCUUAGGUGCUGACUCCUAGGGUUUAUCUUUUUGUUCUAUUGUUAGUGUGG